UGAAUCAAAAUAUAUAUGUGGAUUGUAAGUUGCACUGUGUGAAGCAUCCCCUCACGAAUAAAUGCUUCCUCGUCCUUGCAGACUUUAAAUGUCACCUGGUCGUAGAUUCACAAAAGACUGAAAUUCCUUCUUUCCUCCGGUCAUGGGGAAUUGCCAAGCGGCGGACGUCGCAGCCACGGUGGUGAUCCAACACCGCGAUGGGAGACUGGAAAAGUCCUACUGGUCCCUCCCCGCCACCCAAGUCAUGGCCGCCAACCCCGGUCACUACGUCGCAGCUAUGAUCACCUCCAACGUUUGCCGUCCGUCUCCCUCCACCUCCCAUCACCAGCGAAGGAAGCCAGUGACGUACCUUAAACUGCUUCCCCCCGACGACACCCUCCUCAUCGGCCACGUCUACCGCCUCGUCAGCUUCGAAGAGGUGCUGAGGGAGUUCGCGUCGAAGAGACACGUCAGGCUGAGCCGGCUGCUCGCUAAACAGGAGGAGAAAGCUAGCUCCAGCACUGUGAAAGGCGAAGACGGAUACAGAGCCUGCACGACCGACCCAGACAGUACUGUCAGUGCGGUGCGUCAUGCGUGGGUGCAUUCCCAGCAACCGGAAGAGCAUCAAGUGGAGGCAGAAGUGGACAAGGAGCUGGAGGAAUUGGUUCGAGACAUGAUGACGAGAAGCAACAUGUCAAGUAGUGGAGCCGCACGCCAUGGCCAGUGGAAGCCAGCUCUGGAGAGCAUCGCGGAGGUCGGAGAACUAACAAGUUAACCCCAGUGCGCGAAACUGACCAGCCGCAGUACUAAAGAUAGUACCCAUUAGAUUUAAUUUCUCCUUAUUUCAUUUCAUGUACGUAAAUCUUAUGGUGGUGAGAAAUAAGUGUGACCGCGAGUAGGAAGGUGACUGUUCAGGGCUGCAGCUUAAUUAUCUGCCGUUUGCUUAAGUUUGUUGGGGCCGUGGUCCUUUGGUUU